GAACGUCUUUUUGUUUUUCCAUGUUCUCAUUGACAAUCGCACUCUGGUAAACGACUUCCCUGCUGGCUGCUGCGUCGACCAUAUCCUCCGCUGUUUGUCUUUAUGAUGUUCUGUCCCCUGCAACACUCUUCCCCCCUCUUCUUCCUCUUUUUCUUCUUUUCUUCUCGGUAUUCCGGUCUCGCUCCUUUUUGUCUUUCUCUUUUUAUAUUUUUUCUUUCUUUCUUUUAUUUCUUCCUCGCCGUGUCACCUUUAUUCUACCCCUUUGAUCACAUUUUCCGCUCCCACACACACCCACACCCAUCCGUCCACACCCACACCCACACCCAUCCAUCCACACACGCCCAAACACACACACACACACGCACAAACACACACACACACACACGCACAAACACACACACAAACACACACACACACACGCACAAACACACACACACACACGCACACGCACACCCCGUACCCAUACCCAUCCACAUCCAAAACAAACAAACAAACAUACAAACAAACAAACAAACAAUCCUCUGUGUCCUCUUCGUGUUUGUCCUCUCCCUCGCCGUGUCUUCGCCCUUUCCCUUCCUGUGUCCUUGUGUCGCCACCCACCCACACCGACAUCCCUUUAUCUCCUCUUCAUCUCUGCCUCUGUUCUCUUCCCUCUUUUCUCUUUUCUCUUUCCUCGUUCCCUCCUUCUCUUUUUUCUCUUUUUCUCUUUUUCUCUUCUCUUCUUCUCUUUUCAUCCCCACAUUCUCCAUCUCCCCCCCUCUGCCCUCUUUCCCCUGUACCAUUUGCCAUUUGCUGCUCGAUAUCCGCUAAAUGCUCGCUGCGACCCUGUGUCCUCAUACCAAUCAAUCUAUCGAUCUGCCCUAUCAAUCUAUCAACCCCAUCCAAUCCCAUACCACCCAACCCUAACCCGAACAAACCCUCCUCUGGCCCUUCCGCCCCUCCUCUCUUUUUCUGCCCUUUGAUUGGCACCCGCUGCC